GCCCCGAGGCCGCCGCCCCCUCCCCAGCGCGCCCGCCCGGAGCCCUGGAUGGAGGCGCCACGGCCCCGGGGCUGAGCCAGGUGUUGGGCUUGACCUCCCCCCACUUUUUUCCCUUUCCCCACCCCUGGGCCCCUCCAUGGAGAGGAACAGACCGCCUCUCCUUCCAGUCUAACCCAGGUCCUUCCUUCCCCGCCCGCCCUCCUCCCUCCUCUCCCGGCCCCCUCCUCCCUCCUGGGGCCAGGGGGGCCUCCCUCCCUCUCCCCCCCUUCUCCCUCUCUCCGAGGGGGGGUCCCGGGGAGGGAGGGGGGGACCCCCCGAUCAGCAUGUGGCUCCUGGCACUGUGUCUGGUGGGGCUGGCGGGGGCUCAACGGGGAGGAGCAGGUCCCAGCAGCCUCGGUGCCCCCCUGAGCAGUCCCAACCUGGGCAGCCUCGGGGAGGACCGCUACCCUGUGGUGACCACGGCCUAUGGGCGCGUGCGUGGCGUGCGGCGCGAACUCAACAACGAGAUCCUGGGCCCAGUCGUGCAGUUCUUGGGCGUGCCCUACGCCACACCACCCUUGGGUGCCCGCCGCUUCCAGCCGCCCGAGGCCCCGGCCUCCUGGCCAGGCGUGCGCAACGCCACCACCCUGCCACCCGCCUGCCCGCAGAACCUGCACGGGGCUCUGCCCGCCAUCAUGCUGCCCGUGUGGUUCACCGACAACCUGGAGGCAGCCGCCACCUACGUGCAGAACCAAAGCGAGGACUGCCUGUACCUCAACCUCUACGUGCCCACCGAGGACGGUCCGCUCACAAAAAAACGUGACGAGGCGACGCUCAAUCCGCCAGACACAGAUAUCCGGGACUCUGGGAAGAAGCCCGUGAUGCUCUUCCUGCACGGCGGCUCCUACAUGGAGGGCACCGGAAACAUGUUCGAUGGCUCUGUCCUGGCUGCCUAUGGCAACGUCAUUGUAGCCACACUCAACUACCGGCUUGGGGUGCUCGGUUUCCUCAGCACCGGGGACCAGGCCGCAAAAGGCAACUACGGGCUCCUGGAUCAAAUUCAGGCCCUGCGCUGGCUCAGCGAAAACAUCGCUCACUUCGGGGGUGACCCAGAGCGCAUCACCAUCUUCGGGUCCGGGGCAGGGGCCUCCUGUGUCAACCUUCUGAUCCUGUCUCACCACUCGGAAGGGCUGUUCCAGAAGGCUAUUGCCCAGAGUGGCACCGCCAUCUCCAGCUGGUCCGUCAACUACCAGCCGCUCAAGUACACGCGUCUGCUGGCGGCCAAGGUGGGCUGUGACCGGGAGGACAGUGCUGAAGCUGUGGAGUGUCUGCGCCGGAAGCCUUCCCGGGAGCUGGUGGACCAGGACGUUCAGCCCGCCCGCUACCACAUUGCCUUUGGACCCGUGGUGGAUGGCGACGUUGUCCCCGACGACCCCGAGAUCCUCAUGCAGCAGGGAGAGUUCCUCAACUACGACAUGCUCAUCGGUGUCAACCAAGGCGAAGGCCUCAAGUUCGUCGAGGAUUCCGCGGAGAGCGAGGACGGCGUGUCCGCCAGCGCCUUCGACUUCACCGUCUCCAACUUUGUGGACAACCUGUACGGCUACCCCGAGGGCAAGGACGUGCUGCGCGAGACCAUCAAGUUCAUGUACACGGACUGGGCCGACCGUGACAACGGCGAGAUGCGGCGCAAGACCCUGCUGGCACUCUUCACUGACCACCAGUGGGUGGCACCGGCUGUGGCCACUGCCAAGCUGCACGCUGACUACCAGUCCCCCGUCUAUUUUUACACCUUCUACCACCACUGCCAGGCUGAGGGCCGGCCGGAGUGGGCGGACGCAGCGCACGGAGAUGAGCUACCCUACGUCUUCGGUGUGCCCAUGGUGGGCGCCACCGACCUCUUCCCCUGCAACUUCUCCAAGAAUGACGUCAUGCUCAGCGCUGUGGUCAUGACUUACUGGACCAAUUUCGCCAAGACCGGCGACCCCAACCAGCCGGUGCCGCAGGACACCAAGUUCAUCCACACCAAGCCCAACCGCUUCGAGGAGGUGGUGUGGAGCAAGUUCAACAGCAAGGAGAAGCAAUACCUGCACAUCGGGCUGAAGCCGCGCGUGCGGGACAACUACCGCGCCAACAAGGUGGCCUUCUGGCUGGAGCUGGUGCCGCACCUGCACAACCUGCACACGGAGCUCUUCACCACCACCACGCGCCUGCCGCCCUACACCACCCGGUGGCCGCCUCGCCCGCCCCCCGGGGCCCCCGGCACCCGCCGGCCCCCGCUGCCCGCCACCCUGCCGCCGGAGCCCGAGCCCGAGCCGGGACCCAGGGCCUACGACCGCUUCCCCGGGGACUCGCGAGACUACUCCACGGAGCUCAGCGUCACCGUGGCGGUGGGUGCCUCCCUCCUCUUCCUCAACAUCCUCGCCUUUGCCGCCCUCUACUACAAGAGGGACCGGCGGCAGGAGCUGCGAUGCCGGCGGCUCAGCCCACCCGGGGGCUCGGGCUCAGGCGUGCCCGGAGCGGGCCCCUUGCUCCCUGCUGCCGGCCGGGAGCUGCCGCCCGAGGAGGAGCUGGUGUCCCUGCAGCUGAAGCGGGGUGGGGGCGUCGGGGCGGACCCUGCCGAGGCCCUGCGCCCGGCCUGCCCACCCGACUACAGCCUGGCCCUGCGCCGAGCACCAGACGACGUGCCUCUCUUGGCCCCUGGGGCCCUGACCCUGCUGCCCAGUGGCCUCGGACCGCCCCCGCCGCCGCCCCCUUCCCUCCACCCUUUCGGGCCCUUCCCUCCCCCUCCUCCCACUGCUACCAGCCACAACAACACGCUCUCGCACCCCCACUCCACCACGCGGGUAUAGGGGCCAGCUCGGGGAGGCCCCCUCCCCAGCCCUGCAGCCCACCGGCAGGAACACCGCCUGGAAGGCAGGGAGGACGAUGUGGCUUGCAAGAGGCUCUCUCACUCGUGCCAAGGAGCGCCAGGUGGACUGGGCUUCCUCUCCGGACGUGUUCUGCCCACCAGGGAGGCCCGCUCUCCUCUGGGCCUGGGCCUUGGCCUUCGAACACCUGAGGGGUGCUUCCCCGCAUUGGGACGCCAGUCUUGGGUGUAUGGAAAUGUGGAAGGAUCGCCCCUGAGGUGUGCUUUCUCAUCCGGGGGGGUGUGUUUUCCCAUGUGCAGGGCGAGGUUUUUUUUUGCCGCCCUGGACACAUGUUGGCCCCCUCAAAAAUUUCUGCGGGGAUUUGUAUCCCAGAAUCCUGUUCCCUCAUGCCUUCUCCCACCUCCCUCCUCCUCCUCCUCCUCCUCCCCACCCCAUGGAGACCCCAAAAGUGGUGUGUGCUCACACCCUGGGCCACCAGACAGCAUAGGGUGAUGCCUGGGAAAUGGCAAGGAAAUCAGCCCCCUCUCUGCCCCACAGCACCCUCCACCCUGGCAAAGCAUGUUUUACAGCCCCCUGAGCCCCCCCGACCCUGUGGGACAAGUCCAAGGAAACAAGUUCUCCAGGUGACACGUAUUUCCCCAAGGUGGGGGAAGGAGGGAGCCGGAGGGAAUCCAAGCAUCCCUUUAGUGCCGGGGAAUUGUCUUCCCAUGCAUCCGGGGAGCACUUCUCGGAAUGAAAACAUGGUUUUGCAUGUGGAUGUGUGUUUUCCCAUGCAGACGAUCCUUUCUCUCCAGCACUUCCCUCUGCACACACCCACUGGCCUCUGGCUCAGCACUUAAUUCUUCCUCACACGGCGUGAGGGAGCACACUUGAAGCUGAGAGGUGAGGGGGGUAUCGGACCCUGAGCUGAGGGGUCUGCCCCACUUCCCACCAGAGCUACUGAGUGGCAGGGGGUGCAUGUUGACCAAAGCCCUCAUGGGGUCUGAGGACAGCCUUCCCCUAGGUCCUCAGACCGCUGCUCAUUUGUGACACUGGGUAGGUUUGAGGUGGGAAGAGUCCCGAGAGUGCCAGGAAUUCCCUCAAACCUGGGCCAGGGCAUAGCAACGAGGGGGCUGGUGGGGAGGGGAUGGCAGCUAAAGGGGUCCCGCCCGUGUCUCAUCGAGUCGCACUCCUCAGUUUUCUCCAUAUUCCCUUUCACCUUCGGAUGCCUUCCCAUCCUGGUGUCCCACCAGCUUCUCUCUUGACGGCCCGUCCCCUUCUUUGACCUGCCCUCCUCAGUCACUGGGGCUGAGGAGAGGGAGUGAAGGGCAGGGUGAAAGGUUUCACAGGACAGGCAGACACAGAAUGAAGUCCUUGUGUUGAGGAGCAGAAAGCUCAGGCAGAAACCAGCAGAGAACUGGGAGUGAUGACAUGGUACCUGCCUGGGACUGAGGAGAAAGCAUUGUCAGAGUCUCUGGUGACUCUGGUUGCUGUCAGGGAGGCUUAUAAGGGGUAAGAAUGGAGGAGAGAUGCCUGCUGGUGUCGGGUGGGUUUGUUAGUGCCAAACAAGUUGGGACUGGCGUGCUGUCUUCCACUGACACCUACAUCCAGAAUCCCUGGCCUUGGCUCCCCAGAACUUUGCCUCCUGAUUUUCCCUUCUCCCACUUCUGCCCAUGGAAGCAUAGUUUGUCUCUGACCCUUCCCCUGCCUGGUUUAGCUCCCUCCAAACAGCCAUGCCCUUUACAUGCUAGGGAUCUGGGCCCUGAACCCUGUCAGACAGAUGGCCCCCCAAAAAUGGGUCGUGGGAAUGGGCUAGGGGACCCCAUGAUUCAGCCACGGACUCCAAUGCCCAGUUCCUCCCUCUCUCUCCAGAACAAUUCCUUGACAAUCCUAUGUCCUCCCCACCCCUUCGCAGCUCUGUACACAUUUUUAAACCUGGCAAAAGAU